AUGCUCCUGAGCAGGCUCUGUCUGGGACGGUCGCAGCAGCUGCCGACUAUACAAGCCCGCGGCCGCGCGUGUCCGAGGCGACUGGCACCUACACCCCAGGCUCUAUGUAUGAAACUCUAUGGAAAUCCAGAAUACUACCAAGCACUCCAUUAUGGAGCAGUGACGUCACCUGAUGAAAUAACAGUUAGUUAUAGACAUGGUCUCCCUUUGGUAACACUCACUCUGCCAUCCAGAAAAGAGCGCUGUCAGUUUGUAGUCAAGCCACUGUUGUCAACAGUGGGCUCAUUCCUUCAGGACGUACAAAACGAAGAUAAAGGCAUCAAAACUGCAGCCAUCAUCACAGCAGAUGGCAGUGAGAUUCCAGCUUCAAUGUUGAUGGACACUUUGUUAACAAAAGAUUUUAAACUCGUCAUCAACAAAGUACCAUAUGAUGUACGGUGUCACAAGACAGGAAAACCAAGCGAAGAGCACAUGAUUGAGAUGGAGAACAUGAAAUCCUUGGUUCAUAAGCUAUUUACAGUCUUCCAUUUAGAAGAGUUUCAGAAAAAACAAGAGCGCCAUCUACUGGCCAAGAUUGACCAACUGCAGGAACAGCUGCGGCCCUUGGAGCAGGUCAAAGCUAACAUAGAAGCUCGGUCAGAAGCCAAAACCAGCGGCCUCCUGUGGGCCGGCUUAGCUCUGCUCUCUGCUCAGGGUGGGGCACUGGCCUGGCUUACCUGGUGGGUGUACUCCUGGGAUAUCAUGGAGCCAGUUACGUUCUUCCUUACGUUUGCAAAUUCCAUGGUCUUUUUUGCAUACUUCAUCAUAACUCGGCAGAACUACACGUACUCCUCGCUGCGGAGCAGGCAGUUUCUCCAGUUCUUCCACAAGAAGUCACAGCAGCAGUGUUUUGACGUGGAGCAAUACAACAAGUUAAAAGAGGACCUUGCUGAGGCUACAGAAUCCCUGGAGAACGUGCGCCACUCCCUCCAUUUGCGAACGCAGCGGGAGGAACUCAGCGGGAAUAAUUAAGCUUACAUUUUUUUAAACACCAGUAGGCGAUGUGCCGAUUUUCUAACUUACCAACUGGACAUUUUUAAGGUCAGGUUCAUUCCCGUUUGACAGCUUCAGAUACUGUUUGGUUAAUAAAUCUGUGUGAAAUGGAAAUGCUCUCUGACAUUCUCCCUCGAGGUGGUUUGUGGCUCUGUGCGGAUGGCAGUUUCAAAUGGCCUGUGUGCCCUGGCAAAGGUGCCACAACGCCAGCCCCUCCCCAGCUGGCUCCUCACGGGAGCGAAAUGGUCAGCGAAAAAAAGGUUAGCGUGUUGACAUUCAUUCACUUUGGUUCUCAGGCUUUUAGACUCACCUUGUUGUUAACUUGAACUUUUAUUUUAUUUCAUGAGACAGGGCUUCACACUGUGGCUCAAGCUGCCUCGUAUGGUAAGCAAUCCUCCUGGCUCAGUUUCUUGGGUGCCGUGUAAUUACC